ACACACUCACGCGCUGCAACUUCAAGUACUACGCUACUGCUAUAUAAAGCUCAGGUGUGUGUGGGAACACACAGAGAUUCACAUGCAAAUUUGGCAGUGACGUGAGUGGAAUGCGGUAGGAAGAGUCCGGGAUAGAGCUCCGGCUUCUGGAGCGUCUCUCUUCCUAUUCGCUCAUCGUUUCGGCAAUGGCGGUUAAUUCCAGUGAAGAGUGCCAAAAUGUCCAUAGUGUGGUGGUGGUAUUGCCAGAUGGAGCAGCAACUAACCUGCAACGUGAACUAGUUCAAAAUGUCUUUAGCGUGGAAGUUCCUAAUGUGAUGAAAAAUGAGAUAUGCUUGAAUACUGAAUCCAGUUUGCUAAACCAUACCAACCUCAAGAUGGAUAAAGCACAGAAAAAUGCACCUUGCAAUUUGGAUGUUGAUAUUGAGAAAGGAAAGACAGAGAUUCCGAAAUCCAAUGAAGAAUCUAUUGGCUAUUUGAAGUGUGAUGAUUCCUUAGCCAGGUCACUGCAACGGGAUUUCUUCUUGCAGUUUGGAGGAAAGUUGAUGCAGUUCUUGAUGAACCACAUCCCUGACUUACCCAAGGUCGCUUCAAAAGAUAGAUACGCGACGGAGAGAGUAUAUGAUGUACCUGCUAACAGAUCAAGGAAGUACAAGCGAUCUCCCUCCUUUAAUUCAAGAAGAGUAGUUCUCCUCUUUUCGGUCAUGUCUAGCAUAGGAACGAUAAUCCUGAUAUAUCUGACAUUGAGAGUGAGACAGAUCAGCGAUGGGUACGCUAAUGUUUGAAGUACUUUGCCUCUCAUCUUCUUGCAAUCUUUUGUGCAACAAUCAGUCGGCAACAUUUUCAAUUUAGGCAAUCUUACCAUGCCUUCCUGUUCUUGCAUCUUGGUUCUACCAUGUAGUUUUUUUCAUCGAUGUACAUAGGAACUCUGUAACCGCGUCUUCACUUUCCAACUGAUACUUCAUUGUACACAAAUUUUCGGUUCUAUUCUCAAUAUAGGAUUUGUUGUGGUUUCGUUGGCAAAAUCAUAAACUAUGUUCUUGGCCAAUUAUCUUACCUUUCAUAGUAAGAUUUUGUGAUGGAGCUGAA